GGUAAGGGGCAUUAUAUGGCAUUAUUUUACUGACAAAUGUUGAGAGUGCAUUAUUGUAGAGGCGCGGAGUGCUGCCAAUCACAACACACACCGGCCCAGCUAACCAAUCACAGCACCUUUUAUAUUUCAGAAGGCGGGCAGGCCUUCAUUUGAUACAGGAACUUUUGGAGCCGUUCCUGCCAGACUGGGGAGAGAGGUGUUGUAAUAAAGUAAAAUAUGUGAAAAAUAAUGUGUUUUUCCAACAACCUAGUAUGAGAGCCCGUUUUAGUACACCUCUAAAACAAAUUCAAGACUUUUUAAAUGAGCAUAAUAGGACACCUUUAACUUUUUGUGAAAAAGAAAAAUGUUCCAUAUAAAAUGGCAAAUGAAUAAAUAAUAACCAAUAAACAAAAAUACAGCUAAGUAAAAACUAAAUGAAGUCUACUUAAUGAAAUGGAAGUUUUACAUUACGAUAGUGUUAAUCAACAUUUUUUUUUUUGCAUAUCUUCAAACACAGAUUCAACACAGGAAUUCACCAGUACUGGAUUAUUUUCAUUAUUUUAAAAAUGUAGAUUAGAGAACAGUGAGAACAUGAAUAAUCCAGAACCAUGCAGAACAAAUCACAAAGAUACUGAAAAGCAAGGAGACCUGAUGGAAGAGAGUGAAGAACUGAGUGAGGCAGAGGAGAAACAGCAUCAUGUCAAAACUAGUAAGACAUUUUUGAGUCACUCACAGACUAAAAGUAAUUCAUUGAAAAGAAGAGCCAAAAAGCCUUUCACCUGCUCUCAGUGUGGGAAGAGUUACACAUUAAAAGGAACCCUGGCAAUACACAUGAAAAUCCACACUGGAGAAAAUCUGCACACGUGUGAUCAAUGCGGGAAGAGUUUUCCGAUAAAAGCAUACCUUAAGACUCACAUGAGAAUCCAUACUGGAGAGAAACCGUACUCAUGUGAUCAGUGCGGGAAGAGUUUUCCAAUAAAAGCAAACCUUAAGACUCACAUGAGAAUCCAUACUGGAGAGAAACCGUACUCAUGUGAUCAGUGCGGGAAGAGUUUUGCAUACAGACACGGUCUUAAAAGUCACACGAGAGCUCAUAGUGGAGAGAAGCCGUACACGUGUGAUCAAUGUGGGAAGAGUUUUACAAUGAAAAGCUCUCUUAAUGAACACAUGAAAAUCCACACUGGAGAGAAGCCACACACAUGUGAUCAGUGUGGGAUGAGUUUCACAAAAAAAGGAUCUCUUAGGGAACACAUGACCAUCCACACUGGAGUGAAGCCGUUUGCAUGUGAUCAGUGUGGAAAGAGUUUCAGAAAGUCAUGCACUUUUAAAGUACAUCUGCGUCGUCAUUCUGGAGAAAGACCAUUUACCUGUGAUCAGUGCGGUAAAACUUUUUUUAGGUCAGAUGCGCUGAAGGACCACCUGAAAGUUCAUACAAAGGAAAAGCCUUACAUGUGUACUUUGUGUGGAAGGAGUUUUAGUCAGUCGGGUACUUUAAAAUUACAUCAGAAAAGACACAACAGUGUGAAGGAGCAUAUGUGUUUUGAUUGUGGGAAGACUUUUAUUAGAGAUGCUGAACUGAAACUGCACCAGAGAAUGCACAGUGAGGAAAAACCUUUUAAGUGUUCUCACUGUGACAAGAGAUUCAGUCGUUCAGAUUAUCUGAAAUCACAUGAGAGGAUCCACUCUGGAGAAAAACCUUACAAGUGUUCACACUGUGACAAGAGAUUCAGAUGGUCAGAUUAUGUAGAAAAACAUGAGAGGAUCCACACUGGAGAGAAACCGUAUCACUGCAUUCCAUGUGGGAAGAGUUUCACUCAUUCAUCAUCUUUACUCAGUCAUACAAAAAAAAGAAAAGAAAAAUGUCUGAAAUCAUGAAAUCAUAUCUGAAUUCUUCUUUGGAUCCAGCACAUUUAAUCGCAACACUGUGUCCUCACCAAACAUGACCCAAUAAAACAAGCAAUAAAAUCUCUUCUAUAUAAACAAACAUCAACUGAAGCUGUUAGUUAUCGUACUGAAGCGGAGUGGAUUGUAAUGCUCCAUCACCUUCCCCUACCCAACUUAUGUCAUUUUAAUUAAUGUUUAAUCACCAUUUGUUAAGUAUUAUCUUUUAUGCAGUGAUUAACAUAAAUGAAGAAUAGUGUUAGCAUAGUUUGUUGUUUUUUGAUUCUCUUGUUCCAAUGAGAAAUUAUGUACAGUAUGUAUCACUCUUAGUUCAUUUACUCUCUUUCAUGAAGGAAAGUAAUUUUUUGUACAUGUAAAUGUUUCUUUGUUCAUAUCAGCACGAUUAGAAAAAGAACAGUUGGAAUAAAGACAUAGCAGUUCAAAUCCUUUCCUCUGUUAAUUUAAUUAAAUAUGAUAUUUUUAUAAAUGUUUUGUUGUUGUGAACAAUAUUUCAUAUUUGUAUUAAAAUUUACUGUUGAUUUUGCCUCCCAGUAAUGAAGCUGUCACAAAGCAUUCAAGGAUGUUCAAAAGCAUUUCCAAGGAUGCUGAUUUCUAGAUGCCUCUGAGAUGGCAAACAUGGUUUGUGUAACAUUAGCAACACACUGUUAGCUGUUUGCUAAAGUAGUCACAUUGUAGAGAGCGAUACAUAAAUGCAUUACCAUUCUGAUACAUUAAUGUAUACAAAUGCCGGCGCAUUUGUUAUACCCAUGAAAAAGGGGAGAGAAUUCAUUAGUCACACUCCAUGAUGCUUGCUAACGAUAAACAAUUUUCCAAAACAUAAGCUAUUGUCAAUGUACCCUCUUUAACAUUUUUAUUUUAUUUUCUAUAAUCAAUCAUACCAAUUAGUAACUAGACAUUUAGGCAUUUUAUAAACAUCUGGAAAUCACUUCUCUUUUUAACCAGAUACAUACAGUAGAUAUAAACUA